AAAAAAUGAAAUUCACUAGCAAGGUUUUAAUUUUGCUAUUUUUGUGUUUGGGGCAUAUUGAGUGCAGAAAGCAUUCCCAACACCACCAUGACGGUGAAUCUCAUGAAUAUGUUGAAAAUGUAUUGGUGAAAUCACCUUCAGGUCACAGUAAUGGAGGCACUUCUCCUUCCGCUCUCCAAUCUGGACAUACAAAUCCAGGUCCGCCACCUUCAAAUCCUACAUAUGUAUAUCUACCCCAAGGAAACCAACAGCCAGUAAAUCCAACGAUAAUUGUCCUACCGCAAGGUCAAAUUCCACUAAAUCCUAUGCAAGCAAAUCAACAACCCGUUAGCACCGGUUAUCCACAAGGUCCACAACCACUUAGCACUAAUUAUGGAUAUAGCCAGGGUCAAGCUGUCAAUCCUAUUGAUCGUCGUUCACCUCAAGUCCAUCCUUCUGUUCUUCCAACGAGUGGUUAUACAUAUGGUCACCAAAAUACAAAUCCAAUGGUUACUUACAAAAGUCGAGGACCAUCUUACGGAAUUUCUCCACUUGUGCACCAAAUAGCUAUAAAAAAUCUUAAUGGAUAUCAAGGUGUUGAAUCACAAGGAUCGACGCAAGAUGGAGAAAAAAAUUAUUUGAACGAUCAUCACUACGUGGCUUACAACUAUCGUCGCCAAUAUUCUCCACGUGGUCAUGAUUGGUUUGCUUUUGAUGACGACGAACUGCUUCUGCAAUACGAAAAUAACCACGAGGGAACAGACGAGGAAGCGAAACACGCCCAACCGCAGGAAGGUGCAGGGGAUGCAGGUGCAGAAGGUGAAACCGGGGAAGAAGCUGCCAGCGAAAGCGAUGCCGAGGGUGGUGAUCCAAGCGACGACGCACCAUCUGACCAACCUGAUGAGGAUGCACCACCAGUUGAAGAUCCCGAAAGACGUUGAGCAAAACGGACUUUAAUUCAUAGCAUAGUUUGUAAAAGUUUGUUUUAUCAAUUAUUGUUUGAUAAUAGUUAA